GAUUGUCGCAAUAUUAAUUAGGUACGUGCAAUAAACAAUAUUGUAACAUACGCGUUUUUAAAUCAGUGUAGGUAUACGUUGAGUGAUAAUCGCAUAAACUGAUUCAAUUAAACAUCUUAGUUAAAGUCUGAAGAAAUAAAACGAUACAAUCCAUCAAUAUGGAUGCAAAUAACCAUUAUCAAUAUGGCAUCAAAUCGACUUUAGCUCAGUGUUGGGCAAUAUCAGGAGUAUGGUUCUUGCAACUCCAACUCGGUGCACAAGUCAUGAUAUCCACUGUAGUUAUUGGGGCCAUAGAGAAUAGAGCAUCCAAAGACGCAAACGAAUCUUUGAGUAUAACAAGCGAAGAAGCAUCUUGGUUCGCCAGUCUGUUAUAUUUGUUCACACCCGUGGGAAAUAUUCUAUCUUUGCUUUUACUGGACCGAUUUGGCCACAAGAAGUGUAUGAUACUGACGAACAUACCGAGCAUAAUAGCACAGAUCAUAUUAUACUUCGCCGAAAACGUAGAAAUACUGUACGCCAGCUCAAUCCUGAUGGCGUUGACUUUAGGGUUUUCGAACGCCCCGAGUCUCGCGUACGCCGGUGAAGUAUGCGAACCAAAACUAAGAGGCGCUUUGACUUCGGCGCUGAACGUAUUUUACUAUGGUGGAUCCAUAAUUUUGACUAUGGUGUACAGUAUUACCAUGCAAUGGAGAUUGACAGUGCUAUUGACCACGGUGUUUCCAAUGUUGACCAUUGCUAUAUUAUUAACGACACCGGAUUCUCCGAUGUGGUUAUUGGCCAAGGGAAAACAUUCAAAAGCACACCGAAACCUCAGCCGGUUGAGAGGAAAAGUUUCGUACGAAAAAUGUGAAAACGAAUUUCAAGAAAUGGUCAGAUACAGCUCGCCCUCCAACAACGACGAACCUAAUCAAAAAGAAAAUACAAAUGCUUGGAAACAUCUUUUCGAGCCCGAAGUCAUAAGACCUUUUUGUUUGAUGACGAUAUAUUUUUUUUUCAUGAACUUAUUGUCUGGAUUACCAUUGUUACCAUAUUUAGUAUCAAUACUUAAAGAAUUUGACGCACCCGUUAACGUCGAAUGGACAAUAUCAUUCUCGAUGGCUCUUUCUAUAGUAGGAAGUUUAAUGGCAGUUUUUCUAAUACGUACACUAGGCAAACGAUUUCUCACUUUGUUUACGUUAUCGAUUUGCUCCGUCUGCUACAUAGCUAUUGGACUAAUCGGUGUCUAUUGGAAAAAUGCAGAACCAACAACCUCUUGGGCAGUACUAAUACUUUUUCUUACUACUAUUUUAAUUUCAUCAAUUGGAAUAACGCCAGUUUCAUGGACUCUUGUCACCGAAAUAUUUCCUGCAAAGAGUAGAAAUAUUUUAUGCAGUGUUUGCACGGGUGUCUGUUUUAUCAUUACUUUUUUCAUGGCAAAAUAUUACCCGGAAUUGUCAAUAUUAGUGGAAUUUUAUAAUUUAUUUACUAUAGUUGGUAUCGUUGGUUUAUUUGGUUGUAUAUAUUUUUAUUUUUAUCUACCAGAAACCGAAAACAAAACCUUACAAGAAAUCACGGAGUUUUUCAAAUAGAAUCAAACACUCAAUCGUUAAUCGUUAUAAUGUUUUUUCAUUAUUAACAAUCCUGGUGAGUUUUGGAUAGCAAUACUAAAAGGUAACCUAGUAAAGGUACCUACCUAUUUUUCCAUCAAUGAGCGUUUAGCUUUUAAACCAUAAAGCAUAGAAGCUAUAGGACAACAUCUUAAAUUAUAAUUUAUAGCAUAGAAAGACUUUUCUAACCUUCAUUAGUUUGAUCAUAUUAAUGUUACGAUAAAAUAUAUAAUUAUAAUUAUUAUUAUAAUUAUAUCGAUAUAAUUAUUAA